GUUCAUUUCCACAAUCUCGUUAUUUCAACCUUAUUGUAUAAGGUUCGAAAAACAAAAGUCUCAAAUAUUCUAAAAAUCAUAUUUAAUAUUGGUGGACUGCUUAGAAAUAUAGGACAACUAUGGUUUAUAGUAGUUCCAGUUGAUGUAACAAUCAUCGAGUGUAAAUUGGCAAGCUAUUUUUUACCAAUAGCAAAUGUAAUUUAUAAAAGUGCUUUGGUUGCAUUCUUGUUGUGGCGGUUAAGACAAAUCGAAAACAUAAAAUUGGAUGUAUGGGUAGGAUCAAUAUUAUUUGUUGGUAGACUUCUCUUUCAUUUAGCACCACCCAUAAUUGGAAUUAAGUCGAAUGUUAAUUAUGAUGUAGGAAAUAAAUCAUUUAGGUGUUCAUCUGAUAUUGAACAUAACAAAGUUUCAAUAAUUGGAGCCCUUGUAUUUGAGUUUGCAAUUUAUUCUUUUGUCACUUUCCGAUUAGUAAAAAUUUUGAUCAGGGCAAAUAAAUAUUCUAUUUUGAUGAAUAAUACAAGAAACUCAAAAGGAAGUUUAUUUACAACAGUCAUGUAUUGGAAUUUUAUUAGAGUGUUUUUGGCAAUUAUUUCUGAUACAAUUGUCUUAUCAUAUACAUUACUUGGAUUUUACGAAGAUCAUGAUCUGGAUCAUGCGUUUAUUGAAGGCAAUAUACAAACUGUAUUAUACAUAUGUUUAUCAUAUUUUAUAACUGCUGAUGUAGAAAUUGUGAAAGUGGUUGAAGGUAGAAAAAAUGUUCCUAGUGACUCAACUAGAAUUGAUACCUCAACUAAAGGAAGCAUGUCGGAAAUUUCAGGAAGCAAUAGUGCAUCCGAUCAGAGUCUAGAAUCAGUUCAGUUCACUUCUGAAUUAUCAGAAUCCGAGGAAAAAAAUUCUAGUGAUAUUAUAGAUGAAGGUAAAAUUGCCAUUGUGUCAAUGAAGAAAUUGUCAUUUACUGAGUGCGCAAAUUUAGUAAUGGAUGGUAUCAAAAAUGAUGAUACCGAUGGUGGUGAGUUAUACGAAGGAAAACAAUUAGAAGUGAUUAAUGAAGAAGUUACAGAUAAUAAUUUUAGUGGGACGACGUUAAUGACACUUAGGACAACAAGAACUUUAAAUGAUGAACUUGAUGUAUAA